UGUAUCCUGUGCUACAAACCGAGCAUCCGUCUCGCGAGCCCUUGGUUGUGUAGGCGUUGCUGAGUAAUUGCUCGCAGAUUUCCUCGUCCCUAUUGGUUACCAAUAACGGGAUCCGUGUGAACCGGGAAGAGGAGGGAAGGGAGGGGGGCUGCUGUGGUCAAACCCACCAGGACCUAAACAGCACCAGGAGGGAGAGGAGGGAGGAGAGCCGCAGCAGAGGCAGUAGUGUUGUACCCCCGCUUUCAGCCUGCAUGGGCUAGUCCGUUAGCUAGCUUAGCAUCUUCCGACUGCGCCGAACCGCCUCUAGUCCCGCCGAGAAGCUCGGGUUGAUACCUCCGUGUUACCCUCUCUGUCCCCUCGGUCCUGCCUCCCCCGUGACCGGCUUGAAGAUGAUGAAGUUUAGGUUUCGUCGGCAGGGCACCGACCCGCAGAGAGAGAAGAUAAAACAGGAGCUUUUCGCCUUCAACAAGACUGUGGAGCAUGGGUUCCCCCAUCAGCCCAGUGCUUUGGCCUUUGACCCCAAGUUGCAGCUCAUGGCCAUCGGGACAAAGUCAGGAGCCAUCAAAAUCUAUGGGGCGCCUGGUGUGGAGUUCACAGGUCUGCACAAUGACACCACUGCUGUCACACAAAUCCACUUCCUGCCUGGACAGGGUCGUCUGCUGUCACUGUUGGAUGACAACACAAUCCACCUGUGGGAGCUGGUGGCCGGACCCCUGAGAGAGGUCGGUGGGGUUAAGAAAGAGGGCGUGGUUUCUCUACAGGAAGUGAACACCUACAGUCUGCCCGGCAGACCUGGCAUCGAGAGCUGCAGUGCCACUCGGGUGACUGUCCUCCUCUUGCUGAAGUCAUGUGACCUCCUCUGCGUUGGAACAGAGGGAGGAGGCGUCUACUUCCUAGAGGUGCCCAGCCUCUCGCUGAAAGAUAACCAGACACUGCUCCAGGAUCAGAUCACACACAGUCUGCCAGAUGACUACAGAUGUGGGAAAUCUCUGGGGCCGGUGGAAGCUCUUCAGGAACACCCUCAACAGUCAGGGAAGAUUCUGAUUGGCUACAGCCGAGGCCUGGUGGUCCUGUGGGAUCUGAGCAUUCGUCACGCUGAGCAGCUCUUCCUGGGCAAACAGCAACUGGAGAGUCUGGUAUGGGAACGCUCUGGAAACUUAUUUGUCUGUUCCCAUAACGAUGGAGGCUAUUCAGUUUGGGCUGUUACCAGUGGCAACACCUGCAAUCACCAGCCAGUGUCCUCCACUAUCCCCUACGGUCCAUUUCCCUGUAAAGCCAUCAGCAAAAUCCUUUGGAGGACAACACAAGCAGGUUCUCCAGUGCUUUUAUACAGUGGAGGGAUGCCCAGAGCCAGUUAUGGUGACCGCCACUGUCUAACGAUCCAACAGGACAAAGAUCACGUCACCCUCGAUUUCACAUCUCGAGUGAUUGAUUUCUUCACCGUCCACAGUGUGGAGCAAGAGAGAGAGUUUGAUGAGCCAUCUGCUGUAGUGGUGUUACUAGAAGAAGAACUGGUUGUAAUUGACCUCCAGACCCCUGGAUGGCCCUCUAUGCCCACUCCCUAUCUUGCUCCUCUUCACUCGUCAGCCAUCACCUGCUCCUGCCACAUCUCCAGCGUCCCUCCUAAACUCUGGGAGAGGCUGGUCAACGCUGGCAAAGCACAGCAAAGCCGGCAGCACACACACAGGAGCUGGCCGAUAUGUGGGGGGAAAAAUCUGGCACCUCCACCUAAACAACAAGAACUGCUAUUGACAGGCCAUGAGGAUGGCACGGUGCGAUUCUGGGAUGCUUCGGGUGUCGCCCUCACUCCGCUGUACAAACUCAGCACAGCCAACGUCUUCCACACCGACUGCGACCCUAGCGAUGACCCGCAGGACCCCAGCAACGACCCCGAUAUGCAGCAAGAGGAGGAAGAAUGGCCUCCGUUCAGGAAGGUGGGCUGUUUUGACCCCUACAGUGACGACCCCAGGCUUGGCAUCCAGAAGAUAAGUCUGUGCAAGUACAGCAACAAGCUGGUGGUGGCCGGAACCGCCGGACAGGUGAUCGUGCUGGGUCUGAGUGAUGAGCGUUCGGACCACUUGGUCGACGUGUCAGUGGUUGAUCUGCUGUACGACAGGGAGGGCUUCACCUGGAAGGGCCACGACAGGCUGGAACCGCGCUCUAAACCCGCACCUUUCCCCCCGGGCUUUCAGCCGCUGGUGGUGGUGCAGUGCUUGCCCCCGGCCUCUGUGACGGCAGUGGCACUGCAUGCCGAGUGGAACCUGAUCGCCUUUGGGACGAGUCAUGGAUUUGGCCUUUUUGACUACCACAGACGAAAUGCUGUGCUGGCAAGGUGUACCUUACACCCUAAUGACUCCUUAGCAAUGGAGGGUCCCCUGUCAAGAGUCAAGUCCUUGAAGAAGUCCCUACGACAGAGCUUCAGACGCAUCCGCAAAAGCAGGGUUUCAGGAAAGAAACGCACCAUCACUACGCCCACCAGCAAGGUUCAAGAGGCAAAUGCUGCUCUAGCAGAGCAGGAGGAAGUAGCUCCGGUGCAGAGGCGGAUAGAGCCGCGGUCAGCAGAUGACUCGCUCUCUGGAGUGGUCCGGUGUGUCUGCUUUGCAGACACAUUUCUACGUGAUGGUACACACCACGGCCCCACGCUAUGGGCAGGCACCAACUCGGGCAGUGUCUACGCCUACGCUCUGGAGGUGCCCGGUGUGGGUUCGGGGCGAGUGUGUGAGCGUGGCGGUGCGAGUGAGAGCAGUGUGUGCGUGGAGGCAGUGCUGGGUAAAGAGAUUCAGCUGAUGCACAGAGCGCCUGUGGUGUCGAUCUGCGUGCUGGACGGUCGGGGGAAACCUUUACCAGACCCGUACGAAGCCUCUCAAGACCUCGCCAUCGCGCCUGAUAUGACCAACGCUCACUCUGUCCUGAUCGCUUCGGAGGAGCAGCUCAAGGUGUUCUCUCUUCCCAAAGUCAGCGCUAAGACUAAGUUUAAGCUGACUGCACAUGAAGGCUGUCGGGUGAGGAAGGUUGCCAUGGUGGUCUUCAGCUCCACAGCUCAGGAGGAUUACAGCGAACACACACUCGUCUGUCUGACCAACCUCGGGGACAUGCACCUCUUUAGUAUUCCUGCCCUCCGACCACAGGUGCGUUAUGACUGCAUCCGUAAGGAAGACAUCAGUGGCAUUGCAUCAUGUGUCUUUACCAGGAAUGGACAGGGGUUUUACCUGAUCUCUCCUUCAGAAUACGAGAGGUUCUCUCUCUCCGCCAAGGUCCUCACUGAACCGCUCUGCUUCGUUCAGCUCGACCGACCAUUAGAGCCCACACCCACCAGGGGUCCCCCCCCCUCUGGUCUCCACGGUAACCAUUCAGUAUGCCCCACUCGCCUCUCCUAUCCAAAACCACCUUCCACAGCAGGAAACUGUGGUUGCUGUGGAGACCAGCAGGCCUUUCACCUGGGACUAGUCACUCUCUGUCACUCUCUAUCGGACGUAGAUGAAUCUCUGGAUUUGUCCCUUGCAGGGCAAACAGAAGAGCCUCCCAGCUGCUUGUCCUCGCCAAUCCUGGACACCCCACUGGACUCCCCCCUUAGCUGUGCUGACCUCACCCUCGACUCGACAGCAGAACUCACCGUGGAAGACGUCAGGGAUUUCCUAACAAGUGUGGACGAGGCAGAAAAUAACCUGAAGAAUAUCAAAGAAGAGGAAGGACGAUCGACUGGCAUCCUCAUCAACUGAACAGUAUUACAGGGAGGGGCUCAGGUGGUCGUGAUGGAUUGGAUUUCAGUGCUGGACCACAAACAUCUCCCAUCAGCCCACAGUGGAGCCCCCUGCCAGCACUCUGCACUCUCUCGUUUACCUGGCACAAGCUGGGAUGAAAGUCUUACUCCAGACACAGAAUCCAACGUUAAAAACACUUGUUGUGGUUCCUCCUGCUGGAAGAACAAAUUCUCUAUUGUCUUCUUCUGGAACCCCUUUGGAAACAUGUCGUUUCCUCCGAUGUGGAGACACAAAGUGGGCACAGUGUGGCGUGGGGUCGGCCUUGGAGCUGAUGGUUCUGAUUUCAAGAGCUCAAACUGAAACGUCCGUCUUUGAGGUCUUUGUGUUCAUCUGUUAUCGGCCCUUCAGCUCAGCAUUCGAGGAAAGAGCCGUCACAGUCUACAGCGGAGACUCGAUGGUCACUUUUUUCCCUCCACCUGCAGCCUGUGGCGCGCCUGGCUCGGCCUGAGGUUUUGCAGUUGCCAAAUUCCCUUCUUGAUCUUCAGCACAUGAGCGGAUGCGAUGGACCGCUCUUCCUGACGCGUCCUGUGAAUAACCCGUUUAAAAAGAACCAAGAUUGUCCAGCAGAGCCUGAAGGAGAGCACUGUAGUGUUGAAGACAGAAUAGCAAAUGAAGUAUUUUGAGUAUGAGUCUUAAAGUUGUAGCAUUUCUCUAUAGGUGCCAACAAAGGCAGCUGACUUUUUCUCCUGUGGGGGUCGAGGCAGCGCUGAAAUCGGCAGCAGGCUCUGAGAAGCUCUCUCCACUCUGUGGGUACUGAGGAGGAAGCUGAGUGUGGGACAGUGGAGGUGUUUUUGUAUUGCAAACUUUUCUAUGGCUUUUGGAGAAAGUGAAGAUAUUUUCAUUGAUGAAUGAAGUGAGGAAAUAUUAAAAAUUCAUACUGUGACUACGAAGGGAACCAGCUGGGGCAGAGGGCAGAUUUUGGUGAUUUAUUUUUUAACUUUUGAAAUAUCUUUAUUGCUAAAGAGCCGGGCAGUGAUGUCACAGGGGUAAUAAACACAGAAUUACCAUCCUCGUGUUCAGUGACUGUGGCAGAACAUCUGCUUUCCCUCCCAUGUUAACACCUCUUAUAAAGGACCCCCGUGGCAUCACUGUCCCCGACUACAGUGGGAGUCAGCGGGGCCAUGUGAUGUGAGGUUACUGUGCAGUGUCAGCCUGUUUGAAAUUUAAAAUAUAUUUUGUCAAUAAUUCAAACAUGUGGAUGAAGGUGGAAAGUGGGUCUCUCUCCUGAACCCUCCUCCUUCAUCGCAGCAUGCAGAAACCUUCGGGCGGGACUCAGGGAAGUGUUGCAAGCUAAGCAAAGUUAGCGUGGAAAUGGAGUGGGACUACUUUUUUUGGAGGGGGGGUCUCUGAGUUGGUGCAUUCUGCGUAGUGUUGGUUACACACAGAGCUUUGAUUGCUAGUAUUUUUACCCCCCUUGUGUUUUUUUUAAAAAUACGUUUUACUGUAUAUAGAAACAAAUGUAUACAGCAUCUAUAUCUGGGUUCACACAAGAAAAGAGGGAAGUAUUUGAAACUGUCAUAACCUUAAAACCACUCGGUGUUCCCUCACUUUAACACACGUCACCACUAACUAAUUUAGCUCAGCAGGUAGGAGUCAUGUUAAUGCCUUUUUAAAAUGUUAGCUUUUUUCCCUCUCUCGGCGUACUGGUUGAUGCACAUAAUUAACCCUUUCAUGCUACAGCUGGCACGAUUUACCUUCUUAAUCCACAUUUAAGAUGAAUCUGUUUCUAUUUUUGUCAGUUUCGUGUGUAGGAAUUUAUUAAUCGGGUCAUUUAGCAGUUUGGCUGAUGAAGAAUUGAAUGUUAAUAAAAUUAUUUACACUCAAA